GCGGGGAGAAGGGAGCAGAAAGACAGAGGGAAAAACGGGUGGGAAAGAGAGAGAAAGCAAGGAAAAGAGGACAGCUACCUCUGGAAAGGAGAGGAAGAGGAGAGUGAGAGGCAGAAACAGUCCUGGGUCAAAAAAGGAAGACCGAGGAGCAGACAGGCUAGGAAAUGGCAUUGCUUCUGUGGCUGGGGUCCCAGCUGUCAACCUGCUGGAACAACAUCUCCACCCUGGGAAUUUUUCUCACAGUCUUCACUUUACUUCUGGAUUUCAUGAUGCGCAGGAAGAAGUGGAGCCACUACCCGCCAGGCCCAACCUCCCUGCCAUUCAUUGGGACCAUGCUGCAUAUCAAUUUCCGCAGCCCGCACCUCUCCUUAAACCAGCUUCAUAAGAAGUUUGGACACGUCUUUCAUCUCCAGAACUGUUGGACCAAUCUGGUAGUGCUGAAUGGCUAUAAAACAGUGAAGGAAGCCCUAGUUCACAGAUCGGAGGAUUUUGCUGACAGGCCAUACUUUCCAAUGUAUGAGCACAUUGGCUAUGGAAGUAAAUCUGAAGGUAUUGUUUUUGCAAGAUAUGGGCAUAUGUGGAAGGAGCUAAGGAAAUUCACACUCUCUACCUUGAGGAACUUUGGGAUGGGAAAGAAAUCCUUGGAGGAGCGAGUGAUUGAGGAAGCGGGAUUUCUGUGCUCUGCAGUCAGUUCUGAAGAAGGUCGUCCUUUUGAUCCGCGUUUUCUUGUAAAUAAUGCAGUCUGCAAUGUGAUCUGCACCACCAUCUAUGGAGAGCGUUUUGACUACGGUGACAAGACCUUCAAGGAGUUGCUACAUUCGUUUGAAAACAGCCUGCGUGACGAGACUGGAUUCUUGCCUCAGCUUCUUAAUGUGGUCCCUUUUUUGUUGCGCAUCCCUGGAGUGCCACAAAAAGUCUUUCAAGGGCAAAAGAAGUUCAUGGACUACAUAGACGUUUUUGUACAUAAGCACAUGGAGAACUGGAACCCUGCUUACACCCGAGAUUUCACUGAUGCAUUUUUAAAGGAAAUGGAGAAGGGUAAGGUGGCUGAAGAGAGUGGUUUCAAUUAUAAGAACCUUCGUAUGGUGACAGCAGACUUGUUUAUGGCUGGUUUUGAGACCACCUCCACCACGCUCCGGUGGGCGUUUCUGUACAUGCUUCUCCACCCAGAAAUACAGAGUAAGGUCCAAGCAGAGAUUGAUAAAGUGAUUGGCAGAGAGAGAUCACCCACAACGGAAGACCGAGUGAACAUGCCCUACACCAAUGCUGUGAUCCAUGAAGUACAACGUUAUGGGGAUAUCAUUCCUCUUGGAGUACCUCAUAUGGCAUAUCGGGAUGUCGAUUUUCAAGGUUUCUUCAUUCCCAAGGGGACGACAGUCAUCACCAACUUGUCUUCCGUGCUAAAGGAUGAGGCAGUCUGGAAGAAGCCAAACCAAUUUUACCCAGAAAACUUCCUGGAUGUGAAUGGGCAGUUUGUGAAACAAGAGGCCUUCAUGCCUUUCUCAGCAGGUCGCCGCAUUUGCCUGGGGGAACAGUUGGCAAGGAUGGAGCUCUUUAUUUUCUUUACCGCUCUCCUGCAGAAAUUUACGUUUGUACUCCCGGAGAAUCAGCCCAUGCCACGUCAGGAUGCUUACUUUGCCAUCACGUGCGCUCCAUACCCCUACCAACUUCGAGCUGUCCCAAGAUAAGUGCACGUUGCUCUCUUUACACCCAAAGAGAAUGCUGUAGUUCGGCUGGGCUUUGUCAUUAGUGGUGGAAACAGCACAUAACUAAUGAAAGAAUACUACUCCUAAAUUACUGCUUAAUGUACUACAAGGAUAUAUCAGAUAAAAGACAAUCCUUUGCUCUUGCUCAUUUUAGAAGAAAAGAAGUUAAAAAAAAAACCUGUGAGAUACUCUAGUCCCACUCCCUUCCUUGUCUGCCCCACUGCACACAGCCACUCUUGGUCUUCCACGCUGUGCUGGCCAGGCCAGGGCAGUGUGUGCCUCUGUAUAUCCUUCCUCCUGGGGCCCAGGGGAGUCCAGCUCUGGCUGAGUUCCUGCAGAAACAGUUCACUCACUGCCAGUUAUUUGAUUUGGUAUGUGGUGUCUGUGGGCAGGGCAAGAGCUUCAGCUGUUCUCACAAGGUGACAUUUAAAUACAAGGGAACAUGUGCUUUCAGGAUCGCGCUCCUGAAAAAGCUUACCAUUUGAUAAAUAUAUAACCCCUUCAUUACUUCUGCUAUUGCAUAUUCUGCCUUCAUUUACAGGCCUGACAACCACUAUAUUAUACUAAGUCUCUGAUAAAAGUAAAUACAGUAUCCAUAAAUAAUCAAUAUUAUGUCUCAGCCCCAAAAGCAGAUAAUUUGUGAAAUAAUACUGGAUUUUCUGCAAAUUAUUUUUAGAGAAGAAUCCUGCUGUUUAGAUUUACUGUCGCCUACAUAAUUAGUUUCUGAAAAAUGCUUUUUUUUCUGGUGUUAUAUAAAGUGAGCUCUUGGGCAGCACCUUUGGUACUCAUAAAGGGAUGGGGAUAUGCUGCUGUUUGAAACAGAACAGAUUUCAGAGGUAGCUUUCUCCUUCUUCCUGUGAUAUUUCUGACAAAAUGGCUUGCAAGGUGCUAAGGAGAUCAGACAUGCUGAUGUUUAGAUUAGUAGGAACUAAAUUUUAACCAUGUGACUGGAAAGAUUGCAGCACAAAGGAGCUCAGUAGCAUUGUCUCAGCUAAAAAUCUCAAAAAAAUCUGUAUGUGCACACACUCACAGGUAUCCUUCUAAUAGUAAAUGUUAGAAGCUAUGAAAGCUAUUGAAUUAUGCAAAUACUUGCUAGUAACUUUUGAUAUAACUUCAGCAGGAAUUUAUGCUUUUCAUCCACAAAAUCAUCCAAAAGAAUAAAAAUGAUCUGAAAAGUC